CUUCCUGCUGCAGACCCUUCACUGCUCACCGCUCACCAACAUAGACACACACAGUUUCUACACCGCAGAACAUUACACACCAUGGCCACCUGCCCAGUUAUCGGAACCACCAACAGCGUACUCCCGCCCAACCACCCGGAGGUCGACUUGAACGUCGAUGGCCAGACAUGCCCAGUUGUAGGCGCAACCACCGACCACCACCACAACCUCGACAAGCACCCCAACAUCCCUGGGCUCAACUCGACCGAAGCCACCUCGUGCCCCGCCCUCAAGUCCGCCGUCAAGGAGCCCAAGGCUCAGGAGCUCGACGAUGCUGUUUGCCCCGUUGUCGGCACCGCUACCACCGUGCUCCCGCCCGAUCACCCUGAUGUGCUGAAGGCGGGGCCCGAGGAUGUCUGCCCAGUCACCAGGGCGACGGUUGGUCAUCAUAAGAACAAUGUUGUUACACACCCUAGCGUUGAGGGCGCGGCGAAGGACGCUGUGUGCCCUGUUAGCGGCCAGGGUCACUAGACAGACGAGUGAGGGGAUGCGAUGCGACUCUGGACACUGUGGUGGUUUUUUGGCGUUGAAGGCUUGGAUGUGUCACAACUUGCUCUAUAACAAGUACAUGAAUAUAUGGUUCCA